ACUUCCGGCUUGAUUUUUAGACAGACGUGUACGUUGGUGUAGACAGAAAACCGACAUAAACAUGCCUGGGAUGCAAUUUGAAUACGACGAGGAAGGAGGAACCUUCUUCUAUUUUUUGUUUUCUCUAUGGGGCCUCGUUCUUAUUCCCGCCACGUAUUAUUUUUGGCCCAGGAAGUCUGUAGAAGAUGAUAAAGAAAAAAAGAAGAGAGAGUGUAACUGCGAUCCUUGUGUGAUAAAACGGCAUCAAUUAAAAUCCAGCACAAAAUGGAACCGAAUGAAAGAGAAAGUCUUGAAAGUGGUUUUUAUAAUAGCCUGGAUUAUUUUUGCACUAUUGGCUUACAAGGUUUCCCAGAUCCAUAUAGAGUACCAGGAAUAUGAUCCAUAUGGUGAACUGGGACUAGAUGUGGGAGCAACAAAAGAAGAGAUUAAAAAGGCAUACAAAAAACUGAGUUUGAAAUACCAUCCAGACAAACCUACAGGCGACCACAAAAAAUUUAUGAAAAUUGCUAAAGCCUACACAGCAUUGACAGAUGAAGAAACAAGGAAGAUAUGGGAGGAGAGCGGUGACCCAGAUGGUCCCGGGGUCACCAGAUUUGGUAUAGCUUUGCCCAAGUGGAUUGUGGAGAAACAGAAUUCUAUGUGGGUCCUGUUGGUGUACGGUCUGUUAUUCAUGGUCCUCCUGCCCGUUGUUGUGGGUGUGUGGUGGUACCGCUCCAUCAAGUUCUCUAAGGACCAGGUCCUAUUAGACACCACCAGGCUCUACUACUACUUCUUCCAGAAAAACCCCAACAUGAUUCUGAAACGGGUGAUAAUGGUGUUAGCUGGCUCCUUUGAGUUUGACAAAUUCCACAAUGCUGAGAUUGUAGAGAGACCCAGUGACAAUGAGGAGGUCCCUAUGCUGAUCAAACGCUUGCCUAAUCUAGAUGAGAAGAACAAGGAGAAGCCCCUGUGUUAUCCUUACAGUGUCAAGGCCAGAGCUCUCCUACACGCCCACUUCCAGAGGCUGGACCUACCCCCGGACACACUCGCUAUUGACCAAGCCUAUGUGGUGAAGAAAUGUCCAUAUCUGAUCAAUGAAAUGAUAAAUGUUAUUGCACAGCUGGUGGCAGGAGCUCACAGAAAUGCUGUCCAGUAUAUGCCUAGGCUGGAGACAGUAGAGAAUUGUAUGAAGCUGUCCCAGAUGUUGAUACAGGCGGUGGACGUACGGACCAGUCCUCUGUUACAGUUACCCCACCUAACACAGGACAUGCUGAAACACUUCACCACUAAAAAGAGACACAUCCAGAGAAUCCGCGACUUGAUCGGGAUGAAGGAGGAAGAUCGACGCUCACUUCUACGUCACAUGACCUCUGACGAGUAUCGUGACAUAAUUAAUGUGUGUGCCACACUGCCACACGUCAAGAUGGAGGUCCACUCCACAGUUCUGGAUGAUGAAGAUACGUCAAUAACAGCGGGUUCUAUUGUAACGGUCAAUGUCAGUCUGACCCGGGAGAUGAUGGAGGUGUUGUUUGAUAAGGAGGACCUGUCUCAUGUUGACGAGGAACGUGACAAUCUGGCCAUCGCUAACGAGGAAACAGAAUCUAAUAAAGACCAGCAGGAAAAUGAGGGAGAAGAGAAUGUAGAAACAAAAGAGAAAGCCCCGAUCUGGCACAAACAGAAGAAACAGCCGAAGAAGAAGGGAGGUAAUCAAAAGAACAAAAAGGUCAAACAGGCGUACAACUGGAAGGCUGCGGCAGCUACAAACACCACGGCUAAUGAGAAGAAGGAGGGCAAGGUCGAGAACGAGAAACAGGGUAAUGAAGUCGCAGUGAAGGAAGAUGAAGAAGACAGAGAAGAUAACGACAGUGAUUCUGAGAGGGCAGAUACAGACGAGGAAACUAACGCCUCAGACGGUGAGGAGCGAGGAGUGUCUGAGUCCUCCAAAGGUCACGAGGAGGAUGAGGAGCAGUGGAGGAAAUACCAGGAGGAGGCCAAGAAAGAACAACAGCUGGACACAAAGGUCAAGGAGAGUCACCCUGUCCACUGUCCUUCUUACAAAGAGGAGAAGCAGGAGGGCUGGUGGUUGUAUGUAAGUGAUAAAAAAUCCCACAUGUUGAUAACAGCUCCUGUCCAGAUCCUGACACUCAAAGACACAGAGGAGAUGACGCUCAAGUUCUCUGCCCCUCACAAGCCUGGCUUGUAUACAUACACCGUGGUGCUACGAUCAGAUUGUUACGUCGACUUCGAUCAAUCCAAGAAUAUCAGGUUGGACGUGAAGGAAGCCAAGGUAAUAGAUGAUCAUCCUCAGUGGGACUUCGUCGAUGAUGAAGAAGACAAGGAUAAGGACGAUGAAACAGACUCGGAUUACUCCACAGAUUUUGAUGAAUCCGAUGAUGAUUGAAAACCCACUCAACAUUAAGAUGUCUAAAUAUUCGACCGUUUUUAGUGAAAGUCAAGACUGUGAUGAUAAAGUGAAUCUAAACAAAUGUGUCAAUCUAAGAAAUAUUGAUGACAAAGGGAUAUAAAUCUGUCUUGUAUAAUGGGGAGAGCACCUCUGAAAUAAGAUGAAUGAAAUCAGGAUUAAAAAUUUUUUUUUUUACAUGUACAACAACUGCAUCAGAUGUUUUUCUUUUGACUGUUUACUUAAGAAUUCUUUCAGUAUUUUUUAUUGGCUGUUUGAAAGUUGAAUUUAGCAAAAGCCUCUUGUUUGGUGCUCUCUUAAAUACUGAUCUAACUACUGAUAGAAAUGAAAAAAAAUUCAGUUUAAAACAAGGGAUUACAUCAAUUAACUUCAUGAUUAUACUGUCAGACUGACAAGAAUUUUGUGAUAAGUUCCAGAAAUUAAUAGAUGAUUUCUAUAUCUGUACAAAGAAAAUCCUAUCUAUAAGCUGGUAACAUAAUUAUAUGUUUAUGUAUUUCACAUUGUACAUAAAAUACCAUAUUUUACAAAGUUAAAACAUUACUGCCUGACAAAAAAUAUUUUCAGUCAUUAUUGAACAUUCUUCACUUUACAAAAAUCUGUACAACAUUUGCCAGAGAAUGGUUUCAUUUUGAAAUUUUUAUAUUUCCUCAUAGUAUAGACAUUUAUGAAAUAAAUUGUGAACUUUAUAAAUGCAACACAUCAUUUGCUCUUCAUACUGCAAGAGAAAAAAAUUAUGUGCACAGUGUAAAAAAAAAAUCAGUCAAAAGCAUGGCCUAAAAUAUACAGUACUACUGACCUGCCAUUUGCAAAAUCAGUGCACACAUAUACAUAUGUACAAUUUGCUUUGUUGGUAAUUAGGCUAAGCAGUUUGAUAUUUAUUAAUUUUUUUGAUGUUAUGUAUAGUUGAGUUUUUGUGCAAUCAGUUGCCAUAGGCAUUUAGUCAUAUAUACAUGUUAAUGAUUGUUCUUGUACAAAAGAAUAGAUCAGAAUGCAUUUACAUGGGGAAAUUUUUUAUACAAUAUUUGCUUACACAAUUGACUGAUCGCAAGGUUUAAUGACAAUAUUUAUAGAAUUUCAGAAUGAAUUUGUGUUGUUUUAUUAUUUAUUUGACAUGUAAAACAUCUCAUUCCAAGAACAACUUGUCAUAACUCAUUGUAAAUAUAGCAUAAAAUAAAAUGGUUGAUGAAUGUCAUUAAAUGAUCAUAAAUGUUAUAAUAUGCUUCAUGUGGAAAAUGGAAAUAAAAAUAAACAAAUCAA